AUGGUAGACGUCUUCGGCCCUGGUAUUUACGUCUUUGUCUCCAGGAGCCUCUUUACGUGCUAUAAUAAGAUUCGUACCACCGAUGGCAUUAAAAAAGAGGAUAAGUUCCGUGCCAUGGCACUUGCUGUUGCAGACGAGAUCCCUGAGCUUUUGGAAAUCUGCCAGGCAUCGUAUGCGCAUGUCGUUCAGCCCGUCCUGGAGUCCCUUGUUGCUGGUAAUAGCAUGCAAGAUCUUUCCAGGGACUUGAGAGUUCCUGGGGUUCAGAUGGCUACAGACGGCGAUCAACACAGCUUGCGAAAAAUGUCCAUUCCAGAACUACUCGGUAUUUGUAUAUCUCUACGAGGUUUUGUAGAGGAGUUGGACAGUGUGACAGGAGGUAAUGCUGAUGCUCGGACGGCAAUGGUCCGCCACCAUUCUAAUCUCCAUGAACAUCAUGAAGAUGGCAAAGAUAGUGAUGGCGAUAACGAUGAUGAUGAUGAUGAAAGUGGUGAAGAAGAUGAUGAGAAUUGUGAUUGA